UACUAGAUCUUACUAUUUAUUUUUGAAAAUGAAAUUUGAUGAUACAUAUAUAUAAAAGUAACGGUAUAUCUAUGCAUGUGAUAAAGAGUUUUCUUGACAAAAAAAUAAAAUAAAAUAAGGGAUAAAGAGUGUUCCUCCGAAGAUCAAGAAGAAAGUAAUGCAAAGUAUAACAUCACCACAAUAGCCAACUUGCAUUUGCUUCCAACGUAACAACUCUCAUUCUUCACUCUAUAAAUUAUCCUACUCCUCAUUCUCACUUCUUCACCAAACCACAACACAACACAAACUCUUUACAUAUCAAAAAGAAGUUCAUAUUUUUGUGUAAACGAAAAUUUUUCAUAUACCAAACAAAAAUGGUCUUAGUAGAGUUUGUGUUAGUUGUUUUAACCAUUUUUUCCAUGGAUCUAAAGAUCUCCGAAGCCACAUCUCGUGUCGCUUUGCACGAGCCAACCAUUUUUUAUUACCACCAGAAAUGGAUGAUAAAUUUUUCUCGAGUUUAUGAUGAUGAAUUUGAGAAACAGAUGAGGCUUGAAGUGUUCACGGAAAAUUUGAAGUUCAUUGAGAACUUCAAUAAUAUGGGGAGUCAAAGCUACAAACUUGGUGUCAACAAGUUCACGGAUUGGACUAAAGAGGAGUUCCUUGCCACCCACACCGGUCUCAGUGGCAUUAAUGUAACUUCACCUUUCGAAGUGGUUAAUGAAACGACGCCAGCUUGGAAUUGGACCGUCAGUGAUGUCCUUGGCACGACCAAAGAUUGGAGAAACGAAGGAGCUGUAACACCUGUUAAAUACCAAGGAGAAUGUGGAGGUUGUUGGGCGUUCUCAGCGAUAGCAGCGGUGGAAGGUCUGACAAAGAUUGCCCGUGGAAACCUCAUAUCACUAUCUGAACAACAACUUCUAGAUUGCGCCAGAGAGCAGAACAAUGGUUGCAAGGGAGGAACAAUGAUAGAAGCUUUCAACUAUAUAGUAAAAAACGGAGGCGUUUCUUCAGAAAACGCAUACCCUUACCAAGUGAAAGAGGGCCCAUGCCGGUCCAACGAUAUACCCGCCAUAGUAAUCAGAGGGUUCGAAAACGUUCCAAGCAACAACGAACGUGCGUUACUCGAAGCCGUAUCAAGACAACCUGUCGCAGUGGACAUUGACGCGAGUGAGACUGGUUUUAUUCAUUACUCAGGGGGAGUGUACAAUGCGCGGGACUGUGGGACUAGCGUGAAUCAUGCAGUGACAUUGGUUGGGUACGGUACGAGCCAGGAAGGUAUCAAGUACUGGUUGGCUAAGAACUCUUGGGGUAAGACUUGGGGAGAGAAUGGUUACAUUAGGAUUCGUAGAGAUGUGGAGUGGCCUCAAGGCAUGUGUGGUGUAGCUCAGUAUGCUUCUUAUCCGGUUGCGUAACUAAAUUCGGUUAGAUUAUUUAAAUUUCAAGUGAUCAUUACUUAUGUGGUUUGGUUUAUGAAUUGUUUAGAUGACGUCUAAAUCUACACCGCAACUUAAGGUUGACCUUUUGAAACUAUAAUGUUCAUUUAUCGUAAUGAACAUAG